UUUUUCGAUAUAGCUGUCGACAAUCUUUUUGCUGAACCUGCAGUGUUAAAGUGGAUUAAAGAAAACCUCGCAGACUGGAGAAGUUGUGUUAUAGUGUCUCCUGAUGCUGGAGGAGCAAAACGGGUUACUUCCAUUGCUGACCGUCUGAAUGUGGACUUUGCUCUUAUACACAAGGAGAGAAAGAAAGCGAAUGAGGUGGCUUCCAUGGUUUUGGUUGGAGAUGUAAAAGACAAAAUUGCCAUUUUGGUUGAUGACAUGGCUGACACGUGUGGUACAAUUUGUCAUGCAGCCGAAAAGUUAAUGCAAGCAGGGGCAAGUAAAGUUUAUGCCAUUCUCACUCAUGGAAUUUUCUCUGGACCUGCUAUCUCUCGAAUCAACAAUGCUUGCUUUGAGGCCGUUGUUGUCACCAACACAAUACCUCAAGACCAGCACAUGAAAGAAUCCCCUAAGAUUCAGUGCAUUGAUGUGUCAACGAUCCUGGCUGAAGCUAUUCGCCGCACUCACAAUGGAGAAAGUGUUACAUAUCUGUUUAGGCAUGUGCCGAUGUAGCAGUGUUUUUGCAUGUGCUUUGAAUUGGUUCCAAUAGUGUGUAUUGAAGUUUUUUUAUGAUUAAGGAUCUUAUCUUGUAGUUUUACAAGCUGUAGAAAACAUUAUCUUGUUUUUUAAAACGUAAAGAUUAACCACUUUUUUAUAUUUUUCAUGAAAGUUAAUGAUUUUUCAAAUUUUAUACUAGUAUUGAAAUUAGAUUAAUCAAUUAAUGUUCUUUCAUUAUUUUUUAUUUUCUGAUAAACGAUCUGUUGUAGAGUAACUUGCUUGAUAAAAGAAAAUUGUUGGGUUUUCUUCAUGGUUUCACGAGACAGUCUGGAGGGCCAACUAUUAAAACUGAUUGUUUUAAAAUGUUAUACUUUUUUUAAGAAGCUCCAUUCUCUAAUGAAGUAUCUAAGUGACUUUUUUUAUUUAUGGUUGUUUUAAUAACAACUUUGAAACUUUCUAGAAAUACAAUAUAUUGGGUUGAUUGAUUGUAUAGUGUAAGGGAUUAACGUUGAUCGAUUGUACUGUGUAAGGGAUUAACGUUAUCUUUGUACCAGGUUGAUCGAUUGUACUGUGUAAGGGAUUAACGUUAUCUUUGUGCCAGGUUGAUCGAUUGUAUAGUGUAAGGGGUUAACGUUAUCUUUGUGCUAGACAGAAGAGUGUAUUCAUUUGAAAGCAGAUAUGUUGGGCUCCUUUAAGAAAAUAAUAUUAAAAACGAAUGUUUGGACAAAAAAGGGUGGAUAUUUGUUAAUUUUCAA